GUCAAGCUGUCCACACGUCCUCCUGAACCAGUCAUCCCAGCUAAGAAGCCUUUCAAGGUGGAGCUGGUUGGUGGGAAGCGUUACUCGUGGUGCACCUGUGGGCACAGCAGGAAGCAGCCUUUCUGUGAUGGAAGCCACAAAACCCGAGCCCAGGGCCUCUCCCCGCUACGCUUCGUCCCAGAGAAAGACGCCUCGGUUUGGUUGUGUGGAUGCAAACACACAAGCAACCCGCCCUACUGUGACGGCACGCACAAGCAGGACUUCAUUGCGUCUGCUCCGCUACACGAACCAGCAGAGUCCUGAGGGUGGAGGGGGGUGCGUUUCCCGUCAGUGUUUUCAUCAGUUCGACUUUCAUGACAAAGACACUGUUGCAGUCACAUUAGGAUGACUUUACGGUAAAACAGCGAGCAGUUUAUACUGGGGGUAUUUAGCGAAUCGAAGAUUCCUGCGGCAAACAACCCGGCAGGCGCUCCAUGAAGAAGUUGGGAUGCAGUGCUACGCUGGCCUUGAUUUUGAAGCUCCAGUUUUAUGUCCAUGAGAUGAGAUUAGAGUUGGUGGCAGGCUGUGACAGUCAUUAGCCC